GUUGCUGGUUGGUGCGUUGAAGCCGCUGAAUUGGAGACAGGAGUCCUGAGGGCUUCGAAUUGAAGCUCGUCACGACCCGCACUCCCUUCCGAGCCAUCCUCCGCGCCUGGAAGAUCCAGGAAGAGCAGUUACCGCUUCCACCACUCUAAGCAUGGCGGCUCUGGCGCCGAGCUCUCCCUCAGCGCGCACUUUUCCCGCGCUCGGUGGCGGGUUGCCGCGCGUCAUCGCGCUGAGCCGGGCCGCGAGCGGCGCGGGUUGGUGACGUCGCGAUUGGCCGGCUGAGCGCGGAGCUGAGGUGGCGGUGGCGAGUUCGGGACCCGGCGGUGGCCGCGGCCGUCAGGUUGAAACUGCGAGACUUAGUCUUAAACCUGCAGCAAUGGGUAGAACGUACUUGGUUGAGGAAGCUAUUGGGCAGUAUCUUUCAGACCUCACCACAAAAUUGAAGCCUUAUGUCACUGGCCUGUUAAUAGGGCAGUGCUCCCCACAAAGAGACUAUGUGAUCCGGGCUGUUCGAACGCCUCCAAAGGAAGAGCAGAAGGAGGAUAACGUCAGUCCCGCAAAGCUGGCGUCCCUUGAUGAAGAGUGGAUAACGACACAUGCCAGUCAGGUUUCUAGAAUGCUUCCUGGAGGCUUGUCAGUUCUUGGUGUAUUUAUCAUUGCAACUCCAGAACUGUCAAAAGAUAGUCAAAAUGCUCUGCGCAGGCUAAUCUUCUCAGUGGAGAAGUCCUUGACGAAAAGAAGGCUCUGGAAACCCUCUGAGGAGGAGGUCUCAGACAGAGCAGCUCUUCAAAUUUGUUCUGCUACUAAAAAAGUAGUUUGCCGAACCUAUGAUGUGCAAGACCCAAAGAGUUCAGCCAAACCAGCAGAUUGGAAAUACCAGAGCGCUCUGUCUGCAUCCUGGUUGGCUUUGGGCUGCACAGUAAACGUCAAUAUUCACAUUCCACUUCUUGCUACUUCGCCCAACCACGACUUGGAGAAGAACACCAAGAACGGAUUAAAUAGAUGGUCCAAACAAAUUGAAGACAGUGUUUUUCUGAUCAAUGGACAAGUUAAAGAUGAAGAUACAGAGCUACUGGAAGGGCAGAAAAAGUCAAAAGGAAGUAUUCAAUCCAGCACUCAGUUUUCUGAUGUCAAAGUUCUGACACAGCUGUCCCAGGGUUCAAGUCGUAGAUCAACAGCUACAGUCCAGGUCUGCAGUGGUUCCAUAAAUCUCAAAGGUGCUGUGAAAUGCAGAGCCUACGUACAUAACAACAAGCCAAAAGUUAAAGAAGCCAUUCAGGCUUUGAAGAGAGACAUAAUAAACACGUUGAGUGAUCGGUGUGAAAUACUGUUUGAAGAUCUGAUUAUAAAUGAAGGACCUCAAAAAAAAAAUUUUAAGAGGCAAUAUCAUGUCUUACCUCAAAGACUGUUUGUCCCCGUGGCUGGAUCCAGCGUGAUGCUCAGCGAUUAUAAGUUCGGUGAUGAGGCCGCUGGAGAAAUUCAGGAACGUUUUGUUGAGAUGUUGGAUCAAGCUGUGCAGGCUGAAGAUAUCCACGUCGCAGAGGAGAUGAGCACAGUUGAUAUUUGUCCCAUUGCUGACAACGCGGAUGAUGCACAACAGAAACAAGUGACAAAAGCAACGUUGCUGUUGAAACUUCAACAAAAUAUGGGUGUGGUCAUCGCCGCUGCUGUUGCAGUCUUGGCAUCGAUCUUCUCCUUCAAUUACUUCAGUGAUUAAACUCAAGCAACUGGAGCUUCAUGGAAGUAUUGGCCAGUUACGAGAUGGAAUCAUCGGGGUUUAAUAUCUUAGUAAUUAAGAAUUGUUGCCUAAAUAUCACCAGUUAGAUGUGCAAUAUAAAUUGUAAUGAUAGGUUCAGGUACCUUGUUCCAGCAUGCACUUAAUGUAUCAAGUAGAAUCAUGCAGUUCCAAUAUCAUGUAUUGUAGAAACUGAAUCAAGCUUACAAGAAAAUAACCCUGUCACUCUGUAUAAAUGAAUGAUAGUAUAAUUUUCUAGAAAAAUCCCUUAAACGAAUAUACAACCUUCAUUUUCUUCUAACUUGCUGUUUUAAUGCAAAAGGCUGCUACUGGUAUUUUUCAGGCUAUUGGUAAGAGUGGCAGAGUCACCUGGUAAGACAAUUCUUGCUUUAAGGGUUCCUUUGCUAAGAGAAAUUCCAUCUCAUUCAAGUUAAUUGGGGAACAAUUAGAUCUAUUUAAUGCAACAUUUCACCAUAUGCAUUAGUUUAGGUAAUGUUCGUUAACUAGAAUAGUAGGUAUGCAAAUAGUUUUUAGUAAUUUAAAGACUAGACCAAUUCAGCAUGUAAAUACCUUACUUCAAGACAUGGAGAAUUCAGAAAUCAAUAAAAUACAUAGAAAUUUUGAGAUGUGUAUAUGCUGCUGUUAACUCAGAGAACUUCUCGGUCCAGCUCUGACUCCUGUCAUCAUUCUCUUGGAAUAUUAACUACUUCAGCAAGAGCUACCUCUAUGCAGUCCUUGUGGAUUAUCUUGUAGAUCAAUGCAAGUUGUUAAAAAUGGUUGCUAAUCAGGAUUUUUAGACUCUAAACAGAUAACUUUCCGAUUAGGGCUCGACAAAGACCAACAAGGCAUGAUAGAGCCCGACAAAACCCAACAGGGCCUGACAGAGCCCAAUAGGACUUGACAAAGCCCAACAGAGCCUGACAGGGCUCAAUGAAGACUGACAAAGCCUGACAGAGCCUAGCAGAGCCCAACAGAGCCUGAAUAAGCCCGACAGAGCCUGACAAAUUCAGACAGAGCCCAACAAAGACCAACAAGGCAUGACGGAGCCUGACAGAGCCUGACAAAACCCAACAGGGCCUGACAGAGCCCGACAAGGCCCAACAGGGACUGAAAAAGCCUGACAGAGCACGACAAGGCCUGACAGGGACCGAAAAAGCCUGACAGAGCACGACAGAGGCCAAGAGAGCUUGAUAAAGCCCAGUAGGGCUCAACAAGUCCUGACAGAACCCGACAAGACUCAACAAAGACUGACAAGGCAUGAUAGAGCCCAACAAAGCCUGACGGUUGCUGACAGGGCCCAACAGAGCCCAAUAAUGCCCAACAGGUCUCAGCCGAAACCAACAGUGCCCAACUAAUCCUGACAGGGCCUGAUAGAGCCCAACAGGACCCUAUGAAGCCUGACAGAGCCCAACAGGGCUCGACAAAGCCUUGCAAGAUCUGGAAGAGCCCUACAGAGCCCAUCAGAGUCCGAAAGAGCCCAAGAAAGCUUGACAGGGCCCAACAGAGCUUUCUCCUGGGUACUUUAGGCAAUAACAUUACUGUUUGCUUGCCACGAAAAGAGUGGAAGGAGGGAGGAAUUUUGAUAAGUUUAAAAAGGAUCAUUUGUAUAUAAAACGUGAUGUUUACUUGGAUCUAAACUACAAUAGGAUUCUGUAUUAUAGGGCAUUUUAGUUCCACUGCAAAUUUCUUUCUUGUAUAAAGGCACUGGAAUACUAAGAACAAAUAUAAGCACUUCAGCUCUAAAGCAUAAUCGAGGUUGUACUAGCACGCUUUUAAUAAAAGGCAACUAUGAGAACGAUGUCUUAAACACUA